CUGGCACGUUGACCGACUGCAAUAAGGAACACAAAUGCCUUUCCAUGCGAGCCAGCUGUGUUAUGUAAACAUACAAUACCCUCUAACUGGAUGAUACGUGUUGAGGUAGGGCUUCAGCCUGUCACUUCAGCACAGGGCAGGACUAGGACACAGUAAAUAUUGAGGUGCUCAAAAGCCUUGUAGUAUAGGCGAUGAAAAUGGCCAAUUACUCCUCUCACACCGCCCGCCUCGCUCGCGCGCUACUUAGCAACCGCGCUUUGACAUUAGUCUCACUCUCUACUUCACAAUCGAACUACAUGAUCGCUUCUGCAUGCAAUGUGACUGGGGCCACAAUUUGUCCAACAUAAAUAGACAGUCCUGCCGCGCGGCGGGCGGACGGUCAGACCAGGUCAGACGGAGGGCGCAUGGGCGCAAUUGCGGUGGCGAGAAGCGCUUAGAGUCACACGCGCGGCAGGCUGCAUACAUUUAUAACCAGGUUCAAAGUCGCCCCCUCGUGCUGAACUAUAGCACUUGGGCUGGUCGUAAGGGACCUCCCUCCACGUAACUCAUCGCGACUCAAGCCACCUCAACGCCUCUCCUUGAGUACUCAUCACAGCCGUUGUUGUUGCCUAGAAUGCGCUUUAACUGCGCGUGUGCCGGGCCUCUGGCCCUGGCACUAGCGCUCGCGUUACUGGCAGGAGCCCAGGCCUCCUCGCGCGUCGCCCUCUACAUGAGCGAGUCUGACGGCGUCCUCGAUCUCAAGUGGAACAACGGUCCUAGCAACCUGCAGAAGCAGCUGGUUCAGGCUGGCUUUGACCUGAAGGUCACCGCUGAUGGCCAGCCCCGCCUAACCGGCGUGGACGCCUACGUUAUCCCCGCCCAGAACGGCCACACCUUCUACUCCGCUGCCGAGGACAUGUCGGCGGUCGCCAGCUUCGUCGAGAACGGCGGCUUGGUUGUGAUGCUCGGCGGUAAUGUGGAGGCCGACCGCGAGUUCGUCGCCAAGGCGCUGGGCUACCAGGGCGCUUGGUCCGUGUGCAAGCACGCCGGCUGCAACUCCAAGUCGUCCCAGGGCGUGCCGCUGCUGGCGGAGCAGGCUUCCAGCUUCUUCUCGUCCAAGGCCCAGGACGCCUGGCCCGCCUCGCUGGAGGAUGCCAAGACCAUCAGCUUCAACACCUGGUGCCGCCACGAGGACGUUGAGGCCUUCACCAUUCCUCUGUACACCGCAGCUGGUGACGAGAUGAAGGUCGCCGCUCAGGCAUUCGGCAAGGCUGGCGUGUCCGGCGCUGUGGUCGUUCUGGGCUACAGCUGGAAGGAGGGCGCCAAGGCCCGCUGGGGCGAGCUGCUGGAGAAGCUGGUGUCUGACUUCGCCGCCGGUGCCUACGUGGUCCCCGCUCAGGGCAACGCUGACGAGCACCCCGAGGCCGUUGACUCCGUUCUGGAGUCCGCCGCUGACGUGGCCGAUGAGGCUGCCGAGGUGGUGCGCCGCUUCCUGCAGAGCGCCGCCGGCACCUACCCCUCCCCCGCCCCCACUCCUUCCCCCUCGUCCUCCCCUUCCCCCUCUCCCUCCCCCUCCUCCUCUCCCUCCCCCUCUCCUUCUCCCUCUCCCUCCCCGUCUGCCUCCCCGUCGCCCUCGCCCAGCCCCUCGCCGACGGCCAUCCCUUCGCCCAGCCCGCCCUCGCCCCUUCCCCCUAGCCCUCCCCCCCUGCCCCCUGGCAUUGCCAAGGUGGUCGAGGACUUCGUGGUCACUUAUCAGAACCAGACCAUCGGCGACCAGGACCCCGCGGACCUGCAGAAGAACCAGACCGCCAUCAACAGUCUGGUCGAUGACAUCCAGAACACCUACGCGAAGGCCCUGGGCGUCAACGCGACGGCCAUUGUUGUGCGUGGCUUCCUGUUUGUGUACCGCAACGGCACCGUGAUCACCAUCACGGUCGACACCACCCCCGCCAAGAGGCGCCGCAUGGCUCUGGAGAACGUUGCCAAGGUGUACGAUCGCUCCGAGGUGGCUGAUAUGUUCGGCUCUGGCAGCGGUGUGACCGGCCUGAUCCACGAGGGCAGCUAUGCCGCCAACGAGGACGAGAUCAUGGAGAUGCUGGACGCCGAGGCUGCUCUGCCCGCGCUGCUGUACCGCAAGCUGAACGAGAUGAGCCGUCGCGACCUGCAGCAGGAUGACUACUACAUCCAGGUCCUGGUGUCCAUCGUGCAGUUCAUUGAGGUGGCCCUGCCGCCGUCGCCUCCUCCUCAGCCCCCGGUUCCCACUGGCACGGUGCUGCCCCCCUCUCCUCCCCCUACCCCUCCGUCGCCUCCUCCCCGCCCUCCUCGCCCGCCGCCGGUCAACCUGAACGCCAUCGCCGACGCCAUUGGUGCCGACCAGGUCGAGCGCGGCUUCCCUCCCCCAUCUCCUCCUCCCCCGCGCCCCCCCAGCCCUGGCAAGGUGGACACCAUCAACUUCCUGAACAUGACCGCGUACGGCACCGUUGGCCCCAACAAGCCCCUGGUGUGGUUCAACGACCCCAACUUCGCGGCCCUGGACGCUGCUCUUUCGCCCCUCAACCUGAUCAACCCCUACAAGACCAGCUGCCCGCUCAAGUGCGAGGGCUGCCCCUACUCGUGGCGCGCGAACGACUCCAUGGUCACCGUGCCCCUGUUCUUCAAGGAUGCGACCCAGAUUAGCCGCAUCUUCAUCAAGCAGGUCCGCAACUCCGGCGUGGUCAAGGUCCAGGCCAUCAAGUGGACUGGCUCUCCCUCUGACGGCAACUACGUUCCCCAGCUGGGCCGCGUCCUCUACAACGUGAGCAAGGACACCACCAAGUGCCAGUCCGUGCUGUCGAUCCGCAUCGGCCCCGUGAAGAGCGGCAUCAACAUCAAGGUCCCCGCCGCCGGCAGCGCUGCCAACAUCCAGCCCAAGCGCCUGCGCGACCGCGUGUACGCCGGUGUGCUCAUCACCAUGCAGCGCCCGCCCAACGCCGGCCUGAACUACGGCCCCUUUGUGGAGUACGUGCGCUUCCAGGGCCGCGCCGUCUACCCGGCCGACGUGUCCAUCUACACGCCCUUCGGCCGCAAGAAGCUGUAAGGUGUCUCCCCCAACGGAGCCUUGUGUGUAAGGUUGAGACUGUGGUGAUCGUCCUUCGCUUGCAGACAUUUGCGGAGUGCAGCUUGCUGCGUUUGUUGGUGUUGUUGAUGUUGUACAGUGGCUGGGCGGUGCCGUAAUGGCACAGCAGGAACAUGCGCUUUUUCGCGGCGCGUGGCGGAUUGUGUACAAAGAAGAAUGCAGUGAACUAGGUUGCAGUAUGUUUGCACGUAGCUUGCUGACCAUUAUUUGUCAGCUGCUGAGAUUAGAAGUGUGAGCGUAGGCGCGCGCGCCGGCAGCGGCAGCGGGUUGCGGAGGUCGGACCCUAUGAGCUUUUUCGCGGCUCUCGGGUCAGCCCUGGUGCAUGUCCGCAUUGUUCGUACCUACAAAGCAUUGGAUGACAAUUUAUUGCUGAUGGCCUUUGCACCGUGCAUGACACUGCUGCGGUUUCUGACAUGUUUGACGCACCACAAUGCGCGCCGCCCAUGAUAUAAUUGCACUAGCCGUGAUUCCGGCUCACACUCACUUGGCUCACCUUGAAAAGGGGUGGCCGUGUUCGCCCAUGACAUGACUCUUAGCUCAGUGACAGUCUAUUUCUUGUUGCACCCCAUAAUCCACGAUUCACCACCCAUACUCUUGUUUGUGCAUACUCUACACGAUGUAUUUGUUCGAAGUACGGCCUACGGCGUGAUAAAAGUCAUCCCUGUUUGGUGUGCGGGGCGCUGACAGAUUCCCACCGUAUGUACGUUGUUUGUUUUUUAGGAUUGGAUCGCUAAUUGUGCCGGGUUGCCGACCAGGUGACUGCAUGAGGGAGGGAUCCAGAUGCCAUGUGCACGGUUGGGUGCACGUGGUGGGGUGAUGUGGUAUGGAAGAACCGUUAUAUGGUUGGCACAGCCUCACAGCGGUUCUACGCGCCGCGGAGGGUUGUCAGGUUGCUCGGGUGGUGGGGCGCGCACGUCGUGCAGUGGAUGUCAUGUCCUGCACUGGCGGCAGGCGGAAGUCAAGACUUCUGACACUAAUCGCUGUAACCAGCACAGUCU